AUGGCACAGCUACUACUACUCACUGUGGCUCUUCUGGUCCUGGGUCAUGUGCCACCAGGGAGGACGGAGUUCAAACGGUGCUGGAAGGGCCAAGGGGCCUGCCGAACCUACUGCACGAGGCAGGAGUCCUUCAUGCACCUGUGCCCAGAUGCGUCCCUGUGCUGUCUCGCCUAUGCGCUCAAACCGCUGCCCCGUCCCAAGCCUAACCACACCUAG